UUCAGUUGAUGCAGAUGACAGCGAUUGCCCGGGACGCCACAGCAUCAGGGGUGUGUCCGGCUCUGCCGGACAUUGCUGUGGCGCAAGACUUCUUCAUUGAACUUCCUUGCUUUCUUGCGGUCCGAAUUCCACUCGACAUGACAGCACUGCCAGCGGUAUCAACGUUCAGUUGCGAGCGGAUAUGCAGCUGGCAACGAUGGAAGCACAGUGACAGCGAAGCACUACAAAAGCACACUCACCAUUCAACCACUUUGGGAUCUGGCGCCGACAUGGCUGCCGGAAACUUGCGUCAAGUAUUUAUUAAGUGCCUGCUUCACUGGGUCACUGGGCAGUCAGUUCUUCGCCGACCCCAUGGUGAAAUACCGGCAUCUUUUCAUCAGCUGAAGGACCAUUUUGAGGAACCAACAUGGAACAAUACUAAUCCAACAGAAAUUGCCACCCAUCUCAAGGAAGCUACAACACCACCUGGAUACGUGAAGUCAUCUAGCGUCACCCGCAUUAAAGAAUUAGGUCAUCAGUUUAUCUUUAGUGGGCGCGGUGGGCCUGGCCGGAGCAUGUCGCUCACCAAGUAGUUCUUCUGCUUUUUGCAGUGCUUGCUUUUCUGGGUCACUGGGCCGUCAGCUCUUCGCUGACCUCAAGGUGAAAUACCGGCAUUCCUUCUUCAGCUGAAGGACCAUUUUGAGGAACUGACAAGGAACAAUGUUAAUCCAACGGAAAUCGCCACCCAUCUCAAGGAAGCUACAAUGCCCCCUGGAUACGUGACGUCAUUUAGCGUCACCCGCAUAAAAAAAUCAGUUCAUCAGUUUGUCUUCAGUGGGCACAGUGGGCCUGGCUGAAGCAUGUCGCUCACCAAGCCGUUCUGCUUUUUGCAGGUUUGUUCUAGCUCUUCUACGUUUACUAGCGACUGUCAUUUCUUGCUAGUUCUGCCGUGCCCACGAAAUUUGUUAUAAAAGUGUGAAAUUUGUUAUGAGUGCUUUUGUGCACUAAAACUGUUACUUAGUGGUGAUGUUGAAGAAAAUCCGGGACCCACUAAUGCUGAAUUAUUGCACAAAUUCUUGAAUAUCAGAAUCUGCUACAAAAUGAAUUAGCUGACUUCAAAAAUAAAACAAAAAAUAUGAUAGCCGAGAUGAGAGAGUUGUUUAAGCAGCUUCAGGUGCAGGUCUCUGAUCUGAAAUCUAAUACGGCUGGCUUAGGCUGUCUUGAAAACUCGGUAGAAAACGUUUCAGGAGUCUGUGAAAAAACACGCUAGCAAACUCAUCGGUAUCGAAGACAGAAAUAGGCGCUCGAACGUAGUUAUUCAUGGUAUCCUUGAAGAACCAAACGAGACAGAAACUGAUCUGAAGCGCAAAGUUAUUACUGAAACACUCUAAAAUAGGCUAGGUGUUAAGUGCAUCGCUACUGGCCAUAUUCACAGACUUGGAAGGACUGGAUCUAAAAGACCAGUAAUAAUGUUUCUACAGGAUUAUAACGAGAAAGUAACGAUUUUUAAGAAUGUUUCAAAGCUGAAGGGAUCAAGCAUUUUUGUUCAGAGUGACUAUUCCCAAGUCACAUUGAAGAAGUGUAAGCUAUUAUGGGAAGUGCGAAGCAUGACAAGUCGCUCAGAAAGAAAGUUGCACUUCAGCACAAUAAGCUGCGGAUUGAUAAUGAUGUAUUCAUCUGGAAUGAAACAACAAACCACCGUGAGAUAACUUCUGGUUUUUGUGCCAAUGUACAUUUUACUUUACAAGUCAAGGAAAGGCUUGUUAGAAUACUGAACAUUAACACACACAUUAUACUGAAUAAAACUAAUCAAUUAAAAUUGG